CCCAUUCCUGUUUUCUCCUUACCAGCUUAAUGGUUGUUAAAAUGUCUAACGGAGUGACCAUCCUAGGGGCGUAUGAAAGCCAUGCCGAGAUCGUGUUUCAUGCCCUGGACAUGUCCUUCAACCAGAUAAUGGUCCAAGGAUUAUUGCAUGGAAUCUAUACUGGAGUAGUUGCCAUUGCCCUCUGGGCCAUUGUUUCAAGCAAAACCUGCAGGGGAUCACGCUGGCUCCUCUGGGUAGCUACUACUAGGAUCUAUAUCAUCAAUGGACAGAGUUUGGAGAAGGCAUACAAGACAUAUGUCAACCCACUUUCCACGUCAAUCUAUGUGCUUGAGGGAAUUGCAGCUGCAUUGAGUACUAUCCUGGCUGAUGCUAUUUUGACUCUUUAUCCACAGCUUCCCAGGUUUGGCGAUGCUGGAUUGUCUGGGGUUAAUCUUGGCAUAUUGUGA